CCCAGCCGCCGCGUUUGAAGAAUGUGACUGUCUGACAGGAUAACCGGAAGCAGUGACCAAAGACUACAUUUCCCACAUGCCUUGCGUUUCCGGCUGGCUCCUGCGUGACGUCACGAGGCGCUACGUGUUCAGGGCUGUGCAGCAGGAAAUUCGGGCUGUCAGGGCAGCCGAGCGGCGCAGAUCAAAAUGCUGCCAACCACAUCUGUGAAUGCUCGCUCUCAAGGCAAUGGUACCUUAAGCUAUGGAGAAGCAGCAAGGCACACAGCUGGAGCCAAACGUUACAAAUACAUAAGGAGACUCUUUCACUUCAGGCAUAUGGACUUUGAGUUUGCUGUUUGGCAGAUGCUCUAUCUUUUCACUUCGCCGCAAAGAGUCUACAGAAACUUUCACUACAGAAAGCAAACAAAGGACCAAUGGGCAAGAGAUGACCCAGCAUUUUUAGUUUUGCUCAGCAUAUGGUUGUGUGUGUCCACUCUUGGGUUUGGAUUUGUCCUUGAUAGGGGAUUUUUCCAGAUUUUGAAACUCUUACUCUGGGUGGUGUUCGUAGACUGCGUAGGUGUGGGAUUACUGAUUGCAACAAUCAUGUGGUUUGUUUCCAACAAAUACAUGGUCAGACACCAGGGAAAGGAUUAUGAAGUGGAGUGGGGUUAUGCAUUCGAUGUGCAUCUAAAUGCCUUUUUCCCUCUACUGGUUAUCUUGCAUUUUGUCCAGCUAUUUUUCAUCAAUUAUGUGAUCCGUUCAUUGUUUCUAGGAUACAUUGUUGGAAACACGUUUUGGUUGGUUGCAAUUGGAUAUUACAUCUACAUCACAUUCCUUGGAUACAGUACAUUACCAGUUUUGAAACACACAGUGAUUCUUCUGUAUCCAUUUGCUCCUCUCGUCCUGCUGUAUGUCCUCUCAUUGGCCUUGGGGUGGAAUUUCACAGAUAUGCUUUGUACUUUUUAUAAAUACAGAGUAAACUGAAUAGAAUUGUUUUGGUUUUGUACAGAUUGUAAAUAUGAUACAUUAUUGUAGAUAAAGGUUAUGAUUUAAGAUUU